ACAAAACAGACAAACGUUUGCGGCGAAAAGUCUUGAGGUUUUUUUUUAAAACCAAAUCCCGUGAAUAACUCGCCCGCCGAAGAAACCAGAGGCAGUUAGAGGAGAGAGGAGAGAUGAUCACCUCCUCGUAAACACAGCGAGAAGAUAAAUUCGUCUUUACUGGAAUACUUACCGAGUUUUCGGCUUCUGAAAACAGCUCAAGAAGAUGAAGGAAGGAAAUGGACACAUCGUCACCCUUCCUGGCCAGAGAAUAUGCGAAGCAACAAGUAGUCAUGUGGCAGGGGAGGGAACUUACAUAUUCAACAAGUACAUCUACGCAUCCCAGGCUGGGAGGGUGAUUGUGGAGCCAAGAGGAGGUCUGCAGGUGGGGACUCCAAGGGACAGUAAUGCCAGAGGUUGGAAGUAUCGUCACAUGCCGAGUCCUCACAGUGAAUCCAAACCAGGCCUCCGUAUCAAUUCUCUGCGUGGGAUUCCAUCUGCUGCAUACUCCAGUGUCAGGAACAGUCAGGAAACAGAAUGUUCGUGAUCAUCAAAUAGACUUGGUGGAGAUGUACAACUGCUUUAGACCCAAUGACAUUAUCCUGGCAACUGUACUUUCUCUCGGUGAUGUAAGAAAUUACGAACUAUCAACUGCUGGCACAGAGUUAGGAGUUGUGACAGCCUACUGCGAGGAAGGGCAUCCUCUCGUUCCGGCCUCGUGGACACGGAUGAAGUGUAAAUGCCGUUCUGAAUUAAGAAAAGUGGCAAAAGUUGUUCCACCGAAAAACAACUGAAGUGUUUUUGUCUCUGUUAUUUUUUAUUGUUUUAAAAAUAAUUUUUGUAUUUU